AACUUGCCAAGCCGAUACAAUUAAGAGUAUCGGAAUGAGCGCUAGGCUCAUCUCGCUAGCGGCCCGUGCCGCUCGCCAGGGCAGCGCUGGGUCACUUGCGCAGCAUGCCACUUUUGCUUGUGCGCUGGGCCCACAGCAGCUGCAACCGUUCUCUUCCAAUUCAUAUGAGGAGACGCGCCAUGUCUGGCGCCCCCCGGGCAUGGAGCACUCGGUGACGCCGUCUGCGGGCGCCCGGGAGCAUGCCGGGGCUUCCGGCACGGCCACCUCCACCAGCACCUCAACCGCGGGUGGCGCCGGCGCAGCUGCCGCCACUGCCGCCCCGGCGCUGUCGGAGUCGUUCCCCGAGAUGGACGAGGUGUUUCAGGUCCUGCAGGACAUGCAGCUGCAGCCGGGCCGCAACUGCAUCGUGGGCGACGGACUGACGGUGGUGGACGUGGCGCUUAACCUGGACGGCGUGCAGGUGGCGCUGCAGAUGCAGGAGCAGCGGCCGGCGCUGAGUCCCGCCAGUGACCCGCGGGCCUACGCCAUGCUGCGGACCAUGCGGUCCGUCAUGCAGGCGCACCGCUGGCACCUGGUCACGCUGGCGGCGGCUGACUGGCGGCGGCUGGACUCGGAGCAGCGGCCGCACUACCUGGCGCACUGCAUCAACACCGCACUGGGGGGAGGAGCAGCAGGAGGCGAGCACAGCCACAGCCACAGCCACGGGGCGGGCGGCUGCGGCUCCGGCGGCUGCGGGCACAGCCACCACCAGCACGACCACGAGCACGGGCUCGAGCACGAGCAGGGGCACGGGAACCAUGCGCACGGCCAUGCGCAGGAGCAUGGGCAUGAGCACGGGGGAGGAGGCCGCGGCGGCGGUGGAGGCUGUGGUGGGGGCGGCGGCUGCGGGAGCGGCAAGAAGCAGCAGGGCCAGGAAGGGCACGGCCGCCAGCACGUGGCAGCGGAGGGCGGCGCCGGGGUGGCUGGGGGUGGCGGGUCGUGUGGUGGCGGUGGCGGGUGCGGGCACAAGCACUGAAGAGAGGUGAAGGCCGUGAUGCAGGGCGGCAGGGCACGUGGCAGCAGGGCGUGUGGCGUGUGCAGAUUUCCAGGGAAGUUUGCGUGACCCAACCCUGGGCUCUGUGGUGCAUUGCCUGCCUCUGUUGUGGGGGCGCGGUGUCCCGGGGCCUGAAGCGUGUUAAGGGGUCCGAACCGGCUGAGAGAAUGCAUGCGGCGGCCCCGUACAUUUGGCCCCAUCGCGAUCAAGC